AUGCCCCGUCACUGCUCUGCCGCCGGCUGUUGCACCCGCGACACUCGGGAGACCCGCAACCGAGGCAUCUCCUUCCACCGGCUGCCCAAGAAGGACAACCCGCGGCGGGCGCUGUGGCUGGAGAACAGCCGGCGGCGGGACGCGAGCGGGGAGGGCCGCUGGGACCCGGCCUCCAAGUACAUCUACUUCUGCUCCCAGCACUUCGAGAAGAGCUGCUUCGAGAUAGUCGGCUUCAGCGGCUACCACCGUCUCAAGGAAGGGGCCGUGCCCACCGUCUUCGAGUCGGCCUCCCCCAAACCCCCCCGGGCCACCAAGCCGAAGCCCCCCACGCCCGAGAGUGACACCCCAAAGCCCCCUCGGGCCACCAGGAGGUGGAGGCAGGACCCCACCCCUUCCCCUCCAGACCCCCCCUUCACCGCCGACGUCUCCUGCUUCCCCCGGGAAGGCGAAGACCCCGGUGCCCCCCCCGCCGGUGACCACGGGGGCGUCCCGGCCCUUCCCGGCCCCUCGGGUGCCCGGGGUCCCCUCUCGGACAGCCUUUUGGUGGCCACAGGGGACGAAGAAGCCACAGCCACCCCGGCUCUCCCCGAGGGUGACCCCCCGGCACCCCCCCGCCCCGUCUCCCCCUCUCUCUACAUGUUGCGGCUGCCGCCGCCGGCUGGGGCGUACAUCCAGAGCGAGCACAGCUACCAGGUGGGCAGCGCUCUACUCUGGAAACGCCGCGCCGAGGCCGCCCUCGACGCCCUUGACAAAACCCAACGGCAGCUCCAAGCCUGCAAACGUCGGGAGCAGCGGCUGCGGCUCCGCGUGAGCGAGCUGCAACGGGAACGCCGGGUCCCCCUCGAGGCUCGCCGGCCCCCCAAGGAGCCCCCGCCGCGGAUGGUGGAGCUGCAGCUGCUCGGUGAUGGCGGCGAGUGAGGGCU